AUGAUAACGUAGUACAGAUCAAAAUUUAAAGAUUGUAAGAUUAAAUAACACUCUCUCAUCCCAUCACAACCGUCCAUUUUCUCACCCGCCGCCUAAUCAUUUCUGGUUUAACCCAUGAAAACUUAUCAACCGAUCGAUUAAUCUCACGGGGUCAAUGAUAGUUUUAUCGGGUGCACCCAAAACCACAAACCUUUGGUUGCAAUCGUCCUCUGUAUUCUUCUAUGAGAGCUCACAGUCACAGAACAUCAAAAGAAUGUAGAGCCUGAGCUCGUAAACAGAUCAAAAGGAUGUCGAUGUCAUUUUCAGCUGUAUCUGUACCAUCCUCAGUUUCAAGGCCAAGCUAUCUCUCCUCCAGUGCUUACCAGUUCUCUUUUGGGGCUCCAGCAAACUACCUCCGUUCUGGGUCGGGUGGACGAGUUGUGCUUCAUGGAGGACCUCUCCAUUUGUGCCGAAAAUUUUGUGGCUUAAAACAAUGGAUACUUGAGAACUUACACCAUCAACAGCAUCAGAGAAAACUUGGACCUACAAAUGAGUAUAAGAGUAUUAAAAAUCAAUUCAAAGAUCACUCAACAGAUCAAUCUGGUUCGACUUUAUCACAUGAAGAUUCCAAUGAUCAAACUUCGAAAAUAACUUCAGAACUUGAAGAAAGUUCAUUGCCAAGUUCCCAACCACAUGCUUCUGUAACAGAGCCCACUACUUCAGUGGAAUCUCCGUCCAUGCCACAAACACAUUCCUCCAAGUUUCUCGUUGAGUGUGGUGAAGAACCCUCACUCUGCAUUGCGGUCAUAGGAGCAACUGGUGAGCUGGCUAGGAGAAAGAUUUUUCCAGCGCUUUUUGCGCUGUAUUACAGUGGCUUUCUUCCUGAGAAUGUAAGUAUCUUUGGUUAUUCAAGAAAGAAUAUGACAGAUGAAGAUCUGAGAUCCAUGAUCGCUUCAACUUUGACUUGUCGUGUUGACCAUCAAGGAAACUGUGGAGACAAAAUGGAUGUUUUCCUUAGUAGAACACACUACAUUAAUGGAGGUUAUGACAACAGAGAAGGGAUGUCAAAACUCAAUGUGCUGAUGAAGCAGUUUGAGGGAAAAUCUGAAGCGAACAGGAUAUUUUAUCUUUCUGUGCCACAAGAAGCACUUAUAAAUGUUGCAUGUUCUCUCGCUGAUAAUGCCCAAACCCUGAAGGGCUGGAAUCGUGUAAUCAUUGAGAAACCUUUUGGCUUUGAUGUAUUAUCAUCUCAUCGGUUGACGCAGUCUCUGCGUUCUAAGUUUGAAGAGAAACAAAUAUACAGGAUUGAUCAUCUUCUAGGAAGGAACCUUAUUGAAAAUCUCACGGUUUUAAGAUUUGCUAAUCUAGUAUUUGAGCCGCUGUGGAGCCGUACAUAUAUACGCAAUGUACAAGUCAUUUUAUCAGAAGACUUGGGUGUCCAAGCAGGAAGGUACUUUGAUGGUUACGGGAUCAUUCGUGACAUAGUACACAGUCAUAUACUUCAAACAAUAGCAUUGCUUGCCAUGGAAACACCAAUAAGUCUAGAUGGGGAAGAUAUACGAAAUGAAAAGGCCAAACUUCUGAGAUCAGUCCGGAAAUUGGAGCCCAGUGAUGUUAUACUUGGCCAAUAUAAAGGGAGUACUAGAGAUAAGGUUGAUCUAUUUAUGAACAGCCUGACCCCCACAUAUUUCGCUGCUGCAUUGUACAUUGACAACGCACGCUGGGAUGGUGUGCCGUUCCUGAUCAAAGCUGGCAUGGGACUCAUCCAACACAGAGUGGAGAUACGCAUACAGUUUCAUCGUGUCCCAGGAAACCUUUAUCGUGAGCGUAUGGGGCACAACAUCGACCUCGCUACCAAUGAACUGAUUCUGCGUGAUACACCUGAUGAAGCCAUCCUAGUCAGAGUUAACAAUAAGAUUCCAGGAUUGGGGUUCAAGUUGGAUUCUCCGGAGCUGAAUUUACUUUAUAAGGAUAAGUACAAUGUAGAGGUGCCUGAUUCGUAUGAACAUCUCCUUCUUGAUGUCAUUAAUGGAGACAACCAUCUGUUUCUGAGAAGCGAUGAGCUCGCAGCCGCAUGGAAUAUUCUAACCCCAAUUCUGAAUGAGAUAGACAAGAAAAAUAUAGCACCGGAGCUGUAUGAGCUGGGGGGUAGAGGCCCGGUAGGAGCAUACUAUCUGUGGGCAAAACAUGGGGUUCGCUGGGCAGAGGACUAGCAAUUUAAGAUUUCUGUACAAGUUAUUUUCUUGGGGCUCUUUCUUUUACCUUAUCAUGUAAUUCAUGAUUAUUUUCCACUUGGAUUGUGUUAAUACUUCGCUUCAUAGCUUUGUGUUUCCAGAAUUCCAUACAGAAAAUUCUGUGGUCAGCAAUGGUGCAAGAUGGCUUCUACGCUGCUUCACAUUGCCAUAUAAUAUGUUUCUUUUUGUAUGUAUUUUUUUGGAUGAGAUACUGUAUGUUUCAAUCAUUGAUCAUUUUAGCAAAUUGUUUA